AUGUCGACUGAAAAAGUUGUAAGCUCAUACUUCUCAGAUAAGCUGGACGAGCAGUCGAGUGGUUCGUUCACGAACAAAAAGGACGACGUCAUCGGCCCAGCUUCGAAUGCGUCCCUACCAGAACAGCAGCAAGAAGAGAAGAACCAGAAGAAGAAGAAGAAAUGGUUCAAGAUGAAGAAUAUCUUUGAAAAAGUCGAAGAUAGACCCACGCCGCCGCAAGUGUACAACUACCGUGUCUAUUUAACGGCAAUCAUGGCCUCAGCAGCGGCUAUCAUCAUUGGGUACGAUUCCGGCUUCAUUGGUGGUGCCGUGGCGUUGCCUGCGUUCCAAAAAGAGUUUGGGUUGGAUACAGCUCCCAACUCGGCUGCCAUUGUGUCCAACGUUAUUUCAGUUUUCCACGUUGGCUGUUUCUUUGGUGCCCUUUUCUCGUACCCGGCCUCAUACUAUCUUGGGAGAAGAAUACCGCUACUCUUUGCGGCGUUUUUGAUCACUUUGGGCUCAGGGGUGAUGCUUGCUGCUGACCACAACCGCGGUCUUGGUCCUAUAUACGCCGGCAGAGUCUUGGCUGGAUUAUCGGUUGGAUGCUCGACAAACUUGACGGUGGUUUACAUUUCGGAGAUCUCGCCGCCGGCUAUUAGAGGUCAACUUACAGCCAGUUACGAAAUUGGAUGGCGAGUGGGUGACUUGGUUGGAUUCUGGAUCAACUAUGGUGUGGAUUCUACUUUGCCACCUGGCAAAAGCCAAUGGUUUAUCCCCUUUGCUAUCCAGUUGAUCCCAAGUGGGUUGUUUUUCAUGGGUAGUUUUUUCAUGAAGGAGAGUCCGCGUUGGUUGAUGCAAGUUGGCAAAUACGAGCAAGCGGUGAAAAAUCUCACUUGGUUUAGACAAUUGCCGGAAGAUGACGAAUACAUCGUUUACGAGAUCAAUCAGUGCAAGGAGCAAAUCGAGGAGCAAAGAGCUAAAGUCGGAUUGGGGAUCAUGGACCCAUUUUAUGAAGUUUUCUUUAAAAACUGGAACCUACUUUACCGGUUAUUCAUCACGGUGAUGCUUUUCCUUUUCUGUAACUUUAUGGGUAUCCAGGCCAUCAACUAUUAUUCCCCCAAAUUGUUCAAAGGCUUGGGCGUGCAAGGAACCAACGCCUCGUUAUUUUCCACCGGUAUGUUUGGCGUGGUGAAGUUUGUUUGCACAUUUAUCUACAUCAUCUUUGUCGUUGAUACCUUUGGAAGACGCAUUGCCUUUAUGUGCUCGUCCACCUUGUGUUCGCUUUGCUUUUGGUACAUUGGAGCCUACCUCAAGAUCAACGACCCUACAAAGCCAGGCGUGCAUGCGGGACCCGGUGGCCGUGCCGCCAUCGGCAUGAUGUACAUCUGGAUUGCCUCCUUCAUCACCGCGUGGUCGGGCGGUCCCUUUGUUGUCGGCGCCGAAGUCUUUGACCAGAACAUCAGAUCUUUUGUCCAGGCCAUCAACGCAGCCAUGUCGUGGGUGGCCAUCUUUGUUAUGUCGAGAUGGACCCAGAACAUGAUUGCCACGUUGCACUCCUACGGACUUUACUUUUUCUUUGCUUGUGUUGCUGCAGCCUCAGUGCCCUUUGUCUAUUUCAUGUUGCCUGAAACCAAAGGUAUUGCAUUGGAAGAUAUGGACAAAUUGUUCGACUCCAAGAUCCCCGCGAGAAAAGCGCACAAGAUUGUGUUGAACAACGUGAGACACGAAACAGAGGAGAUUUUCCAUGAAAACCAUGACAACCGGUUGUUUAAAAUCGACACCAAUAAACCGGAAACAGAAAACGUCGAGGAUCUCAUGGAGAGCGAUAAGUCAAGGGUCUAA